AUGGAUUAUCCAAUAUAUCAAAAUGAAAUUCGUUUAAAAAAAUUUGAAAAUAUUAUUCGUAAAUAUAAUAUUAAUUAUGAUUUUGCAUAUCGUCUUCGAGCACUUGAAGGUUUUGAAAUUGUUAUGAUAAUUGAUGAUAGUACAUCAAUGCGUACACCAAUUAUUGAUUAUGAUCAAGAAUAUAUAUCAUCAUUUAAUCAACUACCAACACGUUGGGAUGAACUUAAACAUAUUGUAUCUAUUAUUGUUGAUUUAGCUGGUACGCUAGAUCCAGUUGGUAUUGAUAUUUAUUUUCUUAAUCGACAACCACUUUUACAUGUUAUUGAUUCAUCACAACUUCAUGAAACAUUUUCUCGUUUACCCAAUGGUCCAACACCAAUUACACGUGUACUUAAUUAUAUAUUAAAUUUAAAACGUUCACAUAUAUAUGAACGUAAACUAUUAAUUUUAAUUGCAACAGAUGGUUUACCAACAGAUGACAAUGGACAAAAUGAUCUUAAUAGUUUAGAAAAAGUUUUACUUUAUGAACGAUAUCCAUCAAUUGACCGAAUGUAUGUAACAUUUAUUGCUUGUACAAAUGAUCUUCAAACAGUUACUUGUUUAAAUAAUUUUGAUAAAAAUAUUCCUUAUGUUGAUGUUCUUGAUGAUUAUCAAAGUGAACGAAUGGAAGUAUUAAAUGUACAAGGAAAGCAUUUUCCAUUCAGUUAUGGUGAUUAUGUUGUUAAACUUUUACUGGGUUCAAUUGAUCCAUGGUUUGAUUAUUUAGAUGAAAAAAAAGUUAAACUAACUUCUUUAGGAAGAAAUCAACAAGAAAAUUCUUCAACACAUAAGAUAAAUUGUACAAUAUCUUAA